AUCAGAAAAAAGUUAAUGGAUAAAUUUGAGGAUAAAGACCAUUAUUGGGAGAGGACAGAAUUUUUAAAUUUUGGUAAGCUACCAAUAAGCCAAUGCUCUGAUGACGACAUUAAACUGGAGUUAGGUGAUAUUCUUCUUCCACCAUCACCCAACUGGUUCAUCAGUGAUGCUGUGGACAGUCGCUCUGAAGAUGGCUUGCUGGUAACAGCAGCUUUCAAGACCAUUGUGGUGUAUCAUAUGGUUGAAGAGAAGAGAUUACCUAAGGUGGUGAAGGUGAUUCCACUCAGUGACAAAGUCUUGUCUGUUCGAUUACAUCGCCAAGUGUCUGAGCCAGAUUAUGGACACACAGUUGCAAGUAUUACUGACUCAUCAAGUGUUAGACUGUAUAAUCUACAUACUGGCAGUAUCAUCGCACAACAUCUUGAACAUCAGAAUCUCUUGGUAAAUGCCUUGUGUUGGGGAAGCAUUGGAGGAGAAGAAGUUGUUGUAACUGUUGGCAACAGUGGCCGUGUGGUGGUGUGGCAGGCAAGGCAUGGUGUCACACGAGUCCAUACACUCCAUCAGUUUUCGGAGCUCUCCUCAGUUGAAAUUAAUCCAAAUGAACCUUCACAGGCUCUUAUUGCUGCUUCAAAGGAUAUUGUGCUGGUCUCUCUCAAAGAUGGAAAAGUUCUGACACAGCUACAUGGCCAUGAUUAUGUGAUCUACUGUAUGAAGUGGUAUGUUGGUGAAGGGAGCCCACUGUCUCCUGACUCUGCCCCUACCAAUAGUAGGGCAGAAGCUUUAAAAGAGAGCAGUAACACAGUCAGUGAUCAAGGUGAAGGAAAAAAUAAGAAAGGUCCAAGGAAUAAAAGCCAGCAAAGUAAUAAGACUUCAGCAGCUAGUAAUGGGCCAUUCAUUGUAUCAUCUGAUUAUGGCCGCAACAUCUUCCUGUGGGAUCUGUCCGCCAAGAGAUACAUAUGUAAAACCAACAUUCCUCAAUCAACAUCAGGCUUUAGAAAACAGACUUCGAAUAAAGAAAAGAACCCAGGAAAACAACACAUCGCUUUAGCUUGGUACAAGGGGAACCUUUUAUCUUCAAAUGUGAGAGGAGAGCUACUCCAAUGGACACUCUGGUCUGGAGGGUCCAAGUUCAAGGUAAUACAUCAUCUGCACAAUAGAGUUAUAUACAACCUGGAAGUGAUUGGAGACAUGGCAGUAACAUAUGGACAAGAUCGUCUCCUCCAUGGCUUCCACAUCGGGAAUUCCACUCACAUGUUCCAACUGCCUACUCUUGGUGCCUGUGCUAGCUCUCUUUCCUUUUGUCCUCAGGAUGUCAACAGACUAGCUAUUGGUUCUCAGGAGAACAAUAUAAGACUAUUGAAUUUUGCAAGUGACAUACCAUUGUCUACACAGACUGUGUGGCAGAACAUCAAAGGAAAGGUCUUCUCUCUUUCUUGGCACCCAGCUCACGAUGGGCGAUUACUGUUUGGCACUGGCUUAGGUCAGGUAGGGUGGACAGAUGUAUCUUCUGGACGUGUUACAGCAUUUGCCUACUAUCAUCAAAAGCCAGUGUACAAGGUUGAGUGGGGACCUUUAGUCUGUCCUGGGGAGUCAGAAAUGUCAGAUACUUGGUGUGCUUAUUCCUUUGGUGAUCGGGAGAUUGCAAUUCGUGCUUCAUCGGACCCUAUGGCAGAUCCAGUCUUCCUGCAUACACUAAUUCCAGAAUCAGACCCCAGGAAAAUCCCAAAAGAUAUCACAGAAUUCUCAUUCAGUCCAGACUAUAAGUACCUGUCAAUUGGAUCACAGGAUGGACAGGUACGAGUUUAUCGGAGCUGUGACUUGGAGUUGAUGACAAAAUUGGUGGUGGUGAGGAAAUCUAUCCAGCAUCUUCUUUGGCAACCACCAUCAGACUCCACCCCUUCUUAUAUCUUGGCUGUUGGCUCAAGUGAAAAUAAAGUUUACAUAUUCCACUUGGAAGAGCUUCUCAAUAAUGGGGAAAUUGGCAGUACUAUUACUCAGGCAAGCCAAGAGUUGUGUGGUCAUGAAUCACGUGUGGUUUGGUUGGCAUGGUCACCACACGAACUUGGGGUUCUUGCCACAGCUUCGUAUGAUCACACUGUUCAGCUAUGGGACACUAAAACAGGAGAACCAAUGGUCAACUAUGGUGGACACCUUACCAGAGUCUUCCGUGUUGAAUUUAGCCCGGCUGAUUCUGACCUUCUGUACAGUUUUGCUGAGGAGAACUUUGUACAUGUCUGGCGGCCAUCUCAGCUGACAUGUAAAACUCCUGGUGAAAGUACUGCAACCCUAAAGGAAUAUCGCCCCAGAAAAGUGAAGGAGACAGAGGUUGCAGGAGCUACUGAAAAGGAAACUGAAAAGUCACAAGAAGAAUCCACAAAGGGUGAAAAAAAAGCAGCAAGUACUGGUAAUAGCAGUGGCCCAGAGAUUAGUGUAAUUACUUCUAGUGCAAGUAGCAAGAAAGUAGUGUCCAAAUCAUUCUUCCCAAAACUACACAGUGUGUGUUCACGCAAGAAGAGUUUCCACCAGAUUUCUAUCCUCAAUCUCCUUGCUCAGACCAAAGGAGUAAAAUCAGACUUGCACAAGGUAAAGGCAGAUCAAGAACAAGAAGAGGAAGAUUUGGAAGAGGAUUUAGGAGAGGAAAGUGAUGCUGUGGAAGGAGAUGGGGGGAAUGUUCUUCCCAACAUAGUGGAAACAUCAGAAAAAUAUAGUUUCUUAUUAGAAAAGGAAUCUGAAAUGGCCAGCCCAGAGGACUUUGCCUAUGCUCUCAACUUGUAUGGAAACCCUCACCAAAUGGAUUGUCUUAUGGCUACUGAAAUUGAUAAUCAUAAUGGACUUGGUAACAUAAUGCAAGCUGGACAGAUGCACUGCUGGAGAGGAUCUCUGGAUGAUCACAUUCGCUCUGCUGCCAGACAUAAGAAGCUUAACCCCUUUUUGGUGGCAUCUGCACCACAGGUUUCAAUGAAGUUGUGGGAGUUGGCAUGUGAGGCCUAUGCAGAACAACUCGUGGAUGAAGGGGAUGUUAUCACCGGUGUAUCAUAUCUAGUAAACAUCAGUAAGGUUGAACAAGCUGUUAAUAUUCUGCUGGAGCAUCGGCACUACCGGGAAGCACUAGCCAUAACCAAGUGUCGUUUGAGCUAUAAUGAAGAAAUACUGGAGAAGGUUGUAACCAAAUGGGCUUUUUCAGCUGUAUUUGAAGGAAACUUCGACCUAGCUGCUCUCCUACAGUUGAGCAUUGGUCGUGUGGAAGAUGCUGCUCGUACCAUGGCUAGACGAAGUGAUCCUGGGUCGCUAUUUGUCUCAGCCAAGUUGUAUGAGCAUACUGGAAAUGAAGACUUGGCUAACUCAGUUGGACUUUUAGCCCUUAAAGAAGCCUCUCUAAGGCAUGAUCAGUUGAAGAUCAAGUCUUUCUUGAGUCAUUUACCUAAACUUAAUUGGUUCCAGGCAGUAUCUUGCUGCCACAGUGUUAUCCGGGAACUACUGCAGCAGGUCAGUGUAGAGAAGGAAGUAUAUAACUGUUACCUUAUGAGAAGUAUAAGGAAGCAAAAGAACCUAGAUGAUCAAGAGGGCCAAGGUGAAAUGAACAUUGUAAAUGGAAUAGUUAAUUCUGAAGAUGAUCAUAUUCAUGAAAAUGAAGAUAUGAAAUUAGAAGUGAUUGCACCUCCUCUGUGGAUACCUUUACUAGAACGAAUUAUGGAGGAGUGGACAGCACAUGGCAUUACUCAAGAACAGUAUCCCCAGCUUUAUGAGACAGUUACACAUAACCUUUCUACUCAGCAGAUGCCAACAUCUGUUAAACAGCUUUGGUUCUUAGUGUCAGUGGCCUUGAGUAAGUGUCUCAUGAAUACAUGCCAGAAGCUUGGGACCAACAUCUCACC